AUGUCACCUGAUAUCGCAAAAAUAAGAAGACACGUUCGUCAAUCAAAAUGCCUGCAAGACAAGAUGACAGCAAAGGAAAGUUCGAUUUGGCUAGGGGUGUUAAGUCGAGAAGAAGCUCACAUUAGACAGCCUAGUAUUGAUAAUGGUAUUUCUGGAAUAACCGAGACACUACCUGUUGGUCUUCUCAUUGAGAAUAAGCAACCUGCUGCUAGUAGUGCUAGCAACUAUGAUGUCGAGGGUAUUGAUGACAAUGUUGGUUCUGUUUCUUCUAAAGAAGACAAGUGCGCUCAUUGUAUGGAUACUGAGCCAUCGGAUAACUCGCGAAGGAAUUCUGUCCAAGAUUGA